AUGUCUUAGCGUAUACUCUUUCAAAGUCAAAGCAACUGAAUUGGCCAGCCAUACUUUUUGCUCCCUUAAUACGCCUAUGACUUUUCUCUCUAAUAUGUCGUCCCCAAUAUAAAACACGAAGAGGCCAAGCUUAUAGCAGAAAAUAGAUUUGGCACGCUCCUUGAAAAUGAUUAUUUAAAAACCUAAUACCUACGCUGCAGAAAUGAUGUCUAAUAUUAAGAUUAGGAGUAGGCUACAAAUAGUUUCGCCUAUAAUUUUUCGGUUAUGGCAAUACCUUUUCCUGUAGGACAAUCAUUUGUGACAGGUGCAACUAGAGUCGACGCAAUGCAUAGUGAGAUUUUGGGGAACUUGUGGUAUUUGUGAAAACCAAUGGCCACUCUUGUCGCGUGAAGAAAGGCGGGUUUUAGGGCAGACCUCGGCCCAAUGGAGGCUUGUGGUAGGAGGGCGGCACGUGAGGUGGGCGUGUCCGGAGAAGGCGAUCUUCGCGGCACAUUGAAUCCAACUCGAGGAGUAAUGGCACGAGCCAGUGCUUUACUAUAUUGACAAGCGUUACGCCGCGCGCUCCGGAGACUCCCGGGCAGGCAGCUCAUCCAGUCUUGUGUUUUUAAUCGCAGCAGCACAACGCCACAAGCUCCUGGCGAGGCGUGGAGGAGACUUGGACUACUUGCAAAAAUCACCAGUUAACCCAAAAAAGUCCUCAACUGACUCACUGACAAGCGUUCCAUAUUUUUUCUUUUUCUUCCUCCAACGGCGCUAGGGGGGUUCGACACCGGACAUGUGAAUUAAAAGGAGUAACUGUCCAUCACAAACAAUGAAGCAAACAGUUCCCUCGUGUUGCUUGGUCGUUCUCCUGACUUCUCUGCUGUUCCAGGCGACUUCUUCACAAUCAGUGUGUGCCGGCACGGAGAACAAGCUGAGCACGCUGUCAGACCUGGAGCAGCAGUACCGCACCCUGAGGAAGUACUACGAGAACUGUGAAGUGGUGAUGGGCAACCUGGAGAUCACCAGCAUCGACCGGAGCAGGGACCUCACCUUCCUGAGAGUAAGGAUCAGAACACACCAUGACAUGAUACAAUGCCACACAUGUGCACCCUUAGGACCCAACUCUUGGGAUCACUUUCAUGUUCCCUUCUGCAGCUGUGGCGGUGAUGUGGUGACAGAAACUUGAGAUUCAUUACUGAAUCUCAAGUUUGAUUGACAAUGCCAUUCAGCCGACAGUUAUCCGAUAAUUAUUUUAGGUUCUUAAGU